ACAAAAGUUCUGAAAAAAAGACGUACAACUUUAAGGAAACGAAACUUAUGUUAUUGUAUUGCUUACUCGUCUAUAGAUUCAUCAUUUAACUACAGUUUAUUCCUUUAUAAUUAGUUUAUAAUAAUAUCAAUAUUGUUUCUCUACAAUCAUUAUUGCGAACUCGAUAAAGAUUUAUAAAAAUAAAAUGUACACUCUACCGUGUAAAUUAUUAUAGAAAGAAGCAAUAUGAUUAGAGUAUUAGAUUUAGGCAGAAAGACAUGGUCGCGUUGAGGUUGUACACGAGCAAAUAUCGUAUUUAUACGAUGUGAAAUUUAAAAAAAAAAAAGAAAGAAGAUGGCAACGGCACAAGGUACACCAGAAUCUGACACUGGAAGUUUUGAAUGCUUUCAAAACUAUACAGCACCAGAGGUAUUUAUCCAGGGUUUGGCUGGAAUUGUCGAUCAACAGGAUGUAGAAUCUAUGAUAAGAGCACAAAAGCAAAUGUUGCAGAGAUUUGAAAAAACCAAUGAGAUGUUGACCAAUUGCAAUCAGUUGUCGAUAAAUAGAUUUAAAACAGCUGGCAAUGAGUUUAAAAAACAUACAACAUUAUUAGUGGAAAUGAAGAGAGAUCUGGAUUAUAUUUUCAAAAGAAUUCGUAUCGUAAAGAACAAACUGAGUCAGCAAUAUCCACAAGCAUUUAAUGAAGCGGUAAGAAGCAGUUUAGCGGAAGAAGUAAUCGUCGAAGAUGUAGAUUGCCCUGUGAAACCGCUUGAACCUGAAAUAGUACCACUACCAAGCGCCUCUAAUACCGUUAUGGAUCGAGAUCCAGAUUCUGAUGUGCCGGUUGAGGAGUUUCAAUUUGCAAAGCUGCGGAAACGACGAAUAAAGAGCAACGAUAGUUCAUCAACGGAGAGCAACAACGAUCACAGUAACGCCGAAACUUCGUCCUGCACGUCCGAUACUGGUUAAAGCAUUUGUUCCAGAGUUAGAAAAUUAGAAGACUACGAAAAAGAAGAAUACCUUCAAAAAAAAAAAAAAAAAAAAAAAAAAAAAGAAAAAAGAACGAUAAUAAAAAGAGAGGAAAGAGAAGAUUGAUAUUUUAUACGUUAACGUUAUCGCGAAAAUGGUUAGCCGAUAAUAACAGUUUAGUUCCAUCGGUGGUAACCGACUAUGUAAAUUUGGAAAGUUUCGAUUAUACACAACGUACAAAAGUAGAUGUACGCGCAACCGUAUACAUAUUUGUAAAUUGCAAAUCUGUGAAUUUUGUCAGUGUCGACGAAAUAAUAAAGUAUUAUUUGUACACUGUAGAA